CACCAUGCUAUGUUUGUAAAUAAAAGCAUCGUAAUUAUUCUACAGUGAAAUUUAUAACUCCCUUAUACUGUUUGGGUUGGUUUCUAUUGUAAAUCAAUUGCAAUGGGAUCGGUUUCAGUUUACCCGGAUGAAACUAAACGCCCUCGUUGCAGACUGUGCUUCCAUGCUGGUGAAAACAAACAACUCAUAGAGGUUUUCACUAAAAAUCAAGACAUAUCGAAACGAGUUAUGAGUGCAUUAGGAGUGAAGAUCAACCGGAGCGAGAAGCACGCUAGAAUAUGUACCGUUUGCGAGACACUCGUUGAUAUAAUUCAGAGUUUCCAAGCGGUCUGUAAGCAAACCAAUCAGCUGCAUCACGAACGAAAAGACUUUUUGCUGUAUGAUUCGUUUUGGAACGCACGAGAGCAGGAUGCCGUAAAAGUAACAGAAAAAAUUAUUUUAACGCACCGCUCAGAGGUGGACAAAACAUUCAGUGGUACAAUUAUUGUUCCAAGAACGGUAAAUGAUGAGCUUGAAAGACCGGCCCAUCAAUCUCAAAUAUUAGUGGAGGGAAUAGCUCACACUAAGAUGAUCAAAGAAAGGGUGGAGGAAACACAGGUGGAAAAUGUGCCUAAUGAAAGGCUCAAAACGGAAAUGGUUUUUUGCGAAUCUUUGAUAAAGGAUGAACCCCCAGAUGCGAAUGUUGCUAAUGCAGAUUUUCAUCCUGAACUGGAAGAAGCAUCAGCUAGUGGUGAUGAAUUUUUUGGAGACGAUAACAAUGCAAAUAGUGAUUCUGGGUCGAAUAGUUCCGAAUCUGCAUCUUCAACGAUACGUGAUACUGCCAAUUGCAAAAAGAGGCAAACACAAAAAUCUUCUGAGUCACCACAUGAUAAAUGUACUCGUCUCACUGAAGAACCGGAAAAAAGCAACAAAAAUUCAACUCAAAGACGAGCAAGUAAAAGAAACAUCAAUCAAGAAGUGUCAACUCCGUCAGAUGACGAACGAGAGCCGAAAAUUCCCGGUAAACGGGGACCACGCCGUAAAAAGGUUAGAAAAUCGGACCCCAGCGUAUGUGACAUUUGUGGCGAAACUGUGGCUCACUUUGUCAAGGAAUCCCAUCGAAACCAGCAUCUUGGUGUUCGCCCGUACAAAUGUAACUAUGACGGUUGUGGUCGGUCCUAUUUUUCGCAGAAUGAUCUGCGCACUCACAGCAAGCGACAUCAAAUCACGUACCACGUUUGCGAAAUAUGUGGUAGAAACAUAAAGGGGGUCGAAUGGUUCCGACGACAUGUUAAAACUCACACCGAAGGACCACAGUUUACUUGCGAAGUGUGCGGAAGCAAAUUUCGCAGAAAAGCCCAAUUGCAGACACAUAUGGUUACUCAUACGGGUAUUACACCCCAUGAGUGUGACAUUUGCGGGAAAAGGUUUGCUCUUAAGUACAACCUGGAUGCCCAUGUUAAACGUCACCAGAAAAGAGAUGAUAAUGAGAAGGGAUCCGAAGGAAAAAAUGCAACAGAAAAACGCACGUGGAAAUAUUAUGUAAAGUCUGAUAACUCUGGCAAGAAACAUCACGUAACAUGUGAAACAUGUGGCAAAUUAGUUCAUAAGCGUGAAAUCGAGGGACACGUAAACAAGCAUUUGGGCCGCCGCCCAUACUCUUGUGAUGAGUCGGGUUGUACGCUUGCUUUCUACGGUUUGCGGGGAAUCAAAGAGCAUAAGAUGGUGGUUCACUCAGACAAAAUUCUUCGUUAUGAGUGCAGUAUUUGCAAUAGGUCCAUUAAAGGGGCUGGUACAUUUAAGCGGCAUGUGAUGAUGCACAACUCCGACAUGAAAGUUGAAUGCCAACACUGUGGGAAAAAAUUUACUUCUAAAAGUUAUCUAAAAGCUCACGAGCAGAAACAUUCAGGCGAGCGGCCAUACGUUUGCGAAAUAUGCGGACGAUCGUUUGCCAUGAAACCAUGCUGGAAAAUGCACAUGAAGACUGUCCACAACGAGAACAGACGUGAACCGAUGCGAGUUCGUAGACGCGAAAAGGAGGAACAAAAACGACGAACGGGAUCGGUGGGUAGUGAGUUGCUACCAACUGAACUGCUUCCUUCGGCAGUAGACAUUCCGGUUAGCUCGCAGAGUGCCAACCAGCUUCAGUAUCGGCAUACAAUAUUGAUUUCAUCACAUGUGCCAGAAACGCAAAACUUUCCAUCGACUGAUCCGGUAAGAACUGAUUAUUCCUAUUAGAAUGUAUGUUUCCUGAUAUUAAGGUCCACUGUAAGACCAUUUUACUGUA